CGUGCAGAAGCUGCAGCUCGCUCAGUGUGCUUUGGAGUUAACUUUGCCUCUCUGCAAACCUUCACCAUGGUCGACGCCUUCUGUGCCACUUGGAAACUGGUUGAAAGUGAGAAUUUUGAUGAUUAUAUGAAAGCACUUGGCGUGGGCUUUGCCACCAGGCAGGUUGGUAAUGUGACCAAGCCGACUGUGAUCAUCAGCCAGGAGGGAGACAAGGUGGUGAUCCGCACCCAGAGCACCUUCAAGAACACAGAGAUCUCCUUCAAGCUGGGAGAGGAGUUUGAUGAAACCACCGCUGAUGACAGGAACUGCAAAUCCACGGUGACUCUGGAGGAAGACAAGCUCAUCCACGUCCAGAAGUGGGACGGCAAAGAGACCAAGUUCGUCAGAGAAAUCAAGGACGGCAAGAUGGUCAUGAAAUUGACCUUUGAAGACGUCCAUGCAGUGCGUACCUAUGAGAAGGCAUGAGAGCUCUCACAGCCUCCCAAAACUGGACA